AUGAAGUACAUUAUAACACAACUAUUAGUUUUAUAUUUAACAACGAUAUCAUAUGCAGUGGAUGAAUAUGCGGAUCAAUGUUCACAACAAAUAUGUUUAUCAUUAAAUAUAGAUGAGAUUGACAUGAGUAAAUAUAUAAAUGGUACUGAUGAAGAUCGAAAUGAAAUAGCAAUAUUAUUUGAUAAAAGUUUUCAUGAUUAUGGUAUUGUUCGAUUAAUAAAUCAUCAAGUAUCAUCGACAAAUGAAUUAUUUGAUAAAGCUAAAGAAUUUUUUUCAUUAAAUUUAAAAACAAAAAUGAAUUAUUUUGUCGAUGAAUUUAUCGGAUAUAAACCGAGUGGUUCGACAUCUGUAGCUAAUUAUAAUGGUGAAAAGAAAACAACAUUAUCCGAUUCAGUCGAAUGUUUUCUUUCAUUAUCAGGUCAAUAUGAUAAUUUACCCAUAGAAUUUCAAUCCAUAGUACCGAAAUAUAUGAAUGAAACAAAAAGUCUUAUUAAUUCAAUACAUCAAAUAGUUGAUAUGGCAUUAGAACUCGAUGAAGAUAAUUCGAUUACUAAAAAUUAUACAAAUCAUGAUAAAUCAAGAUUCACUUUGAGAAUAGCAAAAUAUUUGCCAAGGUUAGACAUUGAAGUAAAUAAUCGAUGGUAUAGAGUUAAGCCCAAACCAAAUAGUUUACUGUUAAUAGGAGGUGAAUUCAUUGAACAUUGGACAAAUAAUUAUUGGAUAUCUGCAUUACAUCGUGUUUCGUCGGUAACCGAACCUCGUUAUUCUGCAAUUCUAUUUACUGCACCAGAUUUAAGCAAAAUUAUUGACAUUUUACCAUGUAAAAAAUGCUUCGAAAAUCACUCAUCAAAAAUAUAUGAACCUAUGACAGGUUAUGAUCAUUUGCAAUCAAGAUUAAAAGCUCAGGCAUAUAAUUCAAAUGAUGAUGAGUAG